AUGAAGCUCUUAUCAACCGCCGCUACAUUCCUCCUCUGCGUCGCCCCCUUCUCUACCGCCCGGUCUCUGGACUUCUUCAACUCUCAAACUCCCAUCCAAGCAGAGAACGAGGCUGUGAAAGGCGAUAACCCCCUCGAGUACUGCAAUGAUCCUUCGAGCUAUCUUUUGCAAAUAGAUCAUGUCGACUUGACGCCUAAUCCUCCUCUGCCUGGAAAGACUCUCACCAUCCAAGCUACGGGUACCCUGAAUGAGAAGAUUGAAGAAGGAGCUUAUGUGAACCUGGAGGUCAAAUAUGGCUUGAUUACUUUGGUCAGGCAGACGGCCGACCUGUGCGAGCAGAUCGUCAAUGUUGACCUCGAAUGUCCUCUGGAGAAGGGCGAGAUGACCUUGACUAAACAAGUUGAGCUGCCCAGGCAGAUCCCUCCGGGCAAGUACACUGUGCAUGCCGACGUUUACACCAAAGACGAUAAGCAUGUUACCUGCCUUCAGGCCCGUAACAUCGAGUUCAAGGCGGGCUUUAUGUGA